AUGUUAAAUUUAAUUUUCAUUCUUGUUUCAGGAAUUCAUUCUGAAGAACCAGAAGUUUGUUAUAAAUUAGAGGGUCAUUUAUGUGUUAAUAAUCAGAUAGUUGAUAUGACCUUUGUACCCUUAGAUUCAAUUAUAGGUUUAUGGAGAUUUGACAAGAAUUAGAUGGAUGAUAGUCAAUUGUUAAAUCAUAUCUCUUAACCUUGUGAGCUUGGUCCAGGUAGAGGAGCUGUUGGCAAUUCUGCCUAUUAUAGUGGAGAAUAAUAUUCAAUAAUUCCACAUCAUGAUUAAUAUCAUGAGAUAGUCACAAUUUCCAUGUGGAUAUAUCCAUUGUCUUCAUAAUAGUCAUUUACUACAAUUUUACGUAAAGCUUUAAAAUCUACUGAAUACACUCCGACAAUUUUAUUGUGGCCAUUUCAUGAUGAAGCUAAUGUUGGAGGAGGACAGAUUGAAGUGAUAGUUAGUACAUCUUAUGAUAAAGAGAAUCUUCGUAGUAAGGGUAGUGUAACAGGUAGAAAGUGGAAUCAUUUAGCAAUUGUUUUAUAAGGUUUAAGUAUUGAUUUAUAUAUAAACGGCAUUCAUGACAAUGUAUUGUCUUUGAAAGCCAGACCAUUAAAGAAUGAAGGACCCUUCUAUGUAGGAGGAGAUCCCUGGUUCAACGGUCCUCUAUUAUAUUUAGAUGAUCUAACAUUCUNUACAAUGUUUCAAAAUAAUCAUCUAUGA